AUGCAAACCCCACGAUCCGACGGUCGCGCCUCCGACGAACACCUCCGCGCCCUCUCCGUCGCCUUGGACACCAACUCCCGAGCGAGCGGGUCGAGUUACGUCGAGCUCGGAAACACAAAAGUCUCCUGCGCCGUCUACGGCCCGCGUCGACCGCGCGUGGACGAUCUCACCGUGAACACGGGCGUGAUCGACGUCGACGUGUUCAGAGUCCCGUUCGCGAGGAAGCGCGCGAUUCACGUCGAGCGCGGACGGGAGAACGAGAGAGAAAAGGAUCUCAAUCGAUCGGCGGCGGAUGUCGAACUGUCGGCGCGAAUCGCGGACGUUCUGCGCGCGUGUGCGCUCACGGAAACGUUUCCGAGAGCGCAAGUGGACGUGUACGUGACGAUCAUGGAUUCCGACGGAGGGGAGGUCGUGGCGAGUGUGCUCGCGGCGAGCGCGGCGCUCGCGCGCGCGGGGGUGGAGAUGGCGGAUUUGGCGAGCGCGUGCGAGUUAGUGAGAAUCGGCGAGCGAUUAGUGCUCGAUCCGACGGAGGAGGAGUGCGAACGGGGCAAUGGGAAGGUGUUUCUAGCGCAAAUGUCGAGCGAGGAGGGGAUGGUGCAGGGUGAGACGUUCGGCAGGUGGACUGCGGAUGAGAGUCGCCGGGCGCUUGAGCAAUGCGCGGCGGGUUGUAACCGGUUUGAUACCAUCGUCAGGGAAGCGUUAGCGAAGAGUUAG